AUGAUAACUCCAAAAUUUGUGCAACCUGCCAUUUCCAAAUUUGAUGGUCAUUAUGACUUUUGGACAAUGACCAUGGAGAAUUUCCUUAGGAGCAAGGAACUAUGGAGUCUUGUGGAGGUUGGUAUACCUACUCUUGUAAUUGGCUCAGGAUCCAGUGGUGAGGCUCACAAGGGAAUUGUGGAGUAUCAAGGGUCUACAAGAGUGAAACACGCACAACUUCAAGCAUUGAGGAAAGAAUUUGAGCUACUCACCAUGAAAGAAGGAGAAAAAGUGGACUACUUUCUAUGUCGCACCAUGACUAUAGUGAGUAAAAUGAAGUCCAAUGGGGAAGUAGUGGAACAGAGUGCUGUGGUGAGUAAAAUAUUAAGAUCUCUAACCCCUAAAUUCAACUACAUCGUUUGCGCAAUAGAAGAGUCAAAUGACAUUAAUAUUCUCACCAUUGAUGAGUUACAUGUGAGUCUAUUGGUGCAUGAGCAACGAAUGAUCGGGGUACAAGAGGAAGAACAUGUGCUCAAAGCAACCCAUGAGCACACUAGUAGCAGAAGCACUCAAGAGGAGAAGCUUGGUGGGUUUAUAGGCAGUCGUGGCAGAGGAAAAGGAAGACAAUCAUUCAACAAGGCCACCAUUGAGUGUUUUAAGUGUCAUAGGCUAGGGAAAUUCCAAUAUGAAUGCCCUGAUUGA